AUGUAUGACCCCGUUGAAGAACGUCACAGUAUGGAGGUAUCUGGAAAGAUACGUGACCCUGACCUCGACAAGGGCUCCGCAGAUACAACUGUCUACUGUCAGCCGUGUGACGAAGGCGGGAAACGCUCUGUAGCCCGAGGUUUCUGUCAGACCUGCGAGGAAUACAUGUGUGAUCCCUGUAUCGAUGCCCAUAAGAGAUUCAAGGUGUCCAGGAACCACAUUAUGUUGUCCAAAGACGAAGUGCCUUCCUUCUACCCGUCCUCCAAGCAGUCAGUUAUCGGCGAAACUGAAUACUGUAAAAAGCAUCCGAAGGCGAUGAUAAAGUUUUACUGCCCGACCCACGGCGACCUUGGCUGUGGUGACUGUGUCAUUGUCGACCAUCGCAGCUGUAAAGUCGAUUACAUCGCUGACGUGGCUGAAGAAUGUGUCAUUGGCAAUGAAUUCAAAGAGCUUGGACCAUCGAUUAAACGAGCUGAAGAUCUACUAUCUUGGUCUACAAGAAAUGUCAAUGACCUUUUGGACAAGGUCGAAAACCAGUCUAAGCAUGAGAUCGCCAGAUUGAGGAAAUUCCGAGCCGAAAUCAAAACCUACCUGGACCGCCGCGAGAAGGAGUUGCUCGACAACAUCCGGAAAGUGAAAAUCGAUGAUGAAAACGUAUUGAAUGCCUUAAAGAGUGACUGUGAGUCGGCGAAAUCGGACCUUGAGGUCAUAAAAGCGGAUCUAUCGCCAGGUGACAUCUCGGUGAACCAGCGGUACGUGGCGGCGAGGCGAGCCGAAAAGGACCUACGAUAUAUUGUGCAUAAGACAAAGCAGAUGACCGGUUUGAUAAAGGCCCGAAAGUGUCGGUUUACCAAAGACGAGGACACGGAACGUCUUCUGGGAUCGAACAUGGGCCUAGGAACACUGGACGUUGUCGGAGAGUUUCGUAUAGAUACUUUUUUCAAAAAGUCGACCGAGCAUUUCAAACAGUUAAAAAAAGAUUCUAAGAAUGUUUUAUGCUGA